CGGAGCCCGAGCCGAAGGGGGAGCCGCAAACGCUAGGUCGCUGGCCAUUGGUGGACGGGGCGCAGGCGCAUUUGCUCCGACGGGCCGGAUGUUUUGAGGGAGUGUUUUGAGCGCGGAGACCGCGUGAUGCUUGGCGCGCAUGGGCACACCGUGCUCUGCCGCCGCUCGGCCCUGCUUCUUCUUCCAGAGGUGGGCGCUGUGCAGUCACGCAGGGUUUGAACCGGAAGCGGGAGUAGGUACCUGCGUGGCUAACGGAGAAAAGAAGCCGUCCCCGCGGGAGGAGGCGAAAAGAGCCGGGAUCUGCGCUGCAGCCAUCGCUGUGGUUGAUACCACUUUGACCUUCCGAGUACAACGACAGUGAUGUGUAUUCUGAAAUUGUGAACCAUGAGUCUAGCACUUAAUGAUCUGCUUAUUUGCUGCCGUCAACUAGAACAUGAUAGAGCUACAGAACGAAAGAAAGAAGUUGAGAAAUUUAAGCGCCUGAUUCGAGAUCCUGAAACAAUUAUACAUCUAGAUCGGCAUUCAGAUUCCAAACAAGGAAAAUAUUUGAAUUGGGAUGCUGUUUUUAGAUUUUUACAGAAAUAUAUUCAUAAAGAAACAGAAUGUCUGAGAAUAGCAAAACCAAAUGUAUCAGCCUCAACACAAGCCUCCAGGCAGAAAAAGAUGCAGGAAAUCAGUAGUUUGGUCAAAUACUUCAUCAAAUGUGCAAACAGAAGAGCACCUAGGCUAAAAUGUCAAGAACUCUUGAAUUAUAUCAUGGAUACAGUGAAAGAUUCAUCUAGUGGUGCUGUUUACGGAGCUGAUUAUAGCAACAUACUACUCAAAGAUAUUCUUUCUGUGAGAAAAUACUGGUGUGAAAUAUCUCAGCAACAGUGGUUAGAAUUGUUCUCUGUGUACUUCGGGCUUUAUCUGAAACCUUCACAAGAUGUUCAUAGAGUUUUAGUGGCUAGAAUAAUUCAUGCUGUUACCAAAGGAUGCUGUUCUCAGACUGAUGGAUUAAAUUCCAAAUUUUUGGACUUUUUUUCCAAGGCUAUUCAGUGUGCAAGACAAGAAAAGAGCUCUCCAGGUCUAAAUCAUAUCUUAGCAGCUCUUACUAUCUUCCUCAAGACUUUGGCUGUCAACUUUCGAAUUCGAGUGUGUGAAUUAGGAGAUGAAAUUCUUCCCACUUUGCUUUAUAUUUGGACUCAACAUAGACUUAAUGAUUCUUUAAAAGAAGUCAUUAUUGAGUUAUUUCAACUGCAAAUUUAUAUCCAUCAUCCAAAAGGAGCCAAAACCCGAGAAAAAGGUGCUUAUGAAUCAACAAAAUGGAAAAGUAUUUUAUACAACUUAUAUGAUCUGCUAGUGAAUGAGAUAAGUCAUAUAGGAAGUAGAGGAAAGUAUUCUUCAGGAUUUCGUAAUAUUGCCGUCAAAGAAAAUUUGAUUGAAUUGAUGGCAGAUAUUUGUCACCAGGUACAUUGCAAAAGGAAGAAAAUAGAACUAGGCUGGGAAGUAAUAAAAGAUCACCUUCAGAAGUCACAGAAUGAUUUCGAUCUUGUGCCUUGGCUACAGAUUGCAACCCAAUUAAUAUCAAAGUAUCCUGCAAGUUUACCUAACUGUGAGCUGUCUCCGUUACUGAUGAUACUCUCUCAGCUUCUACCCCAACAGCGACAUGGGGAACGUACACCGUAUGUGUUACGAUGCCUUACGGAAGUUGCACUGUGUCAAGACAAGAGGUCAAACCUAGAAAGCUCACAAAAGUCAGAUUUAUUAAAACUCUGGAAUAAAAUUUGGUGUAUUACCUUUCGUGGUAUAAGUUCUGAGCAAAUACAAGCUGAAAACUUUGGCUUACUUGGAGCCAUAAUUCAGAGUAGUUUAGUUGAGGUUGACAGAGAAUUCUGGAAGUUAUUUACUGGGUCAGCCUGCAGACCUUCAUGUCCUGCAGUAUGCUGUUUGACUUUGGCACUGACCACCAGUUUAGUUCCUGGAACAGUAAAAAUGGGAAUAGAGCAAAAUAUGUGUGAAGUAAAUAGAAGCUUUUCUUUAAAGGAAUCAAUAAUGAAAUGGCUCUUAUUCUAUCAGCUAGAGGGUGACUUAGAAAAUAGUACAGAAGUGCCUCCAAUUCUUCACAGUAAUUUUCCUCAUCUUGUACUGGAGAAAAUUCUUGUGAGUCUCACUAUGAAAAACUGUAAAGCUGCAAUGAAUUUUUUCCAAAGUGUGCCAGAAUGUGAACACCACCGAAAAGAUAAAGAAGAACUUUCAUUCUCAGAAGUAGAAGAACUAUUUCUUCAGACAACUUUUGACAAGAUGGACUUUUUAACCAUUGUGAGAGAAUGUGGUAUAGAAAAGCACCAGUCCAGUAUUGGCUUCUCUGUCCACCAGAAUCUCAAGGAAUCAUUGGAUUGCUAUCUUCUGGGAUUGUCAGAACAGCUUCUAAAUAAUUACUCAUCUGAGUCUCUAAUGCAGUGUGCAGGAGAAAGUAUCACUCUGUUUAAAAAUAAGACAAAUGAGGAAUUCAGAAUUGGUUCCUUGAGAAAUAUGAUGCAUUUAUUUACACGUUGCUUGAGCAACUGUACCAAGAAGAGUCCAAAUAAGAUUGCAUCUGGCUUUUUCCUGCGAUUGUUAACAUCAAAGCUAAUGAAUGACAUUGCAGAUAUUUGUAAAAGUUUCGCAUCCUUAAUCAAAAAGCCAUUUGACCGUGGAGAAGUAGAAUCAAUGGAAGAGGAUACUAAUGGAAAUCUAAUGGAGGUGGAGGAUCAGUCAUCCAUGAAUCUAUUUAACGAUUACCCUGAUAGUAGUGUUAGUGAUGCAAAUGAACCUGGAGAGAGCCAAAGUACCAUAGGUGCCAUUAAUCCUUUAGCUGAAGAAUAUCUGUCAAAGCAAGAUCUACUCUUCUUAGACAUGCUCAAGUUCUUGUGUUUGUGUGUAACUACUGCUCAGACCAAUACUGUGUCCUUUAGGGCAGCUGAUAUUCGGAGGAAAUUGUUAAUGUUAAUUGAUUCUAGCACGCUAGACCCUACCAAAUCCCUCCACCUGCAUAUGUAUCUAAUGCUUUUAAAGGAGCUUCCUGGAGAAGAGUACCCCUUGCCAAUGGAAGAUGUUGUUGAACUUCUGAAACCACUAUCCAAUGUGUGUUCUUUGUAUCGUCGUGACCAAGAUGUUUGUAAAACUAUUUUAAACCAUGUCCUUCAUAUAGUGAAAAACCUAGGUCAAAGCAAUAUGGACUCUGAGAAUACAAGGGAUGCUCAAGGACAGUUUCUUACAGUAAUUGGAGCAUUUUGGCAUCUAACAAAGGAGAGGAAAUAUACAUUCUCUGUAAGAAUGGCCCUAGUAAACUGCCUUAAAACUUUGCUUGAGGCCGAUCCUUAUUCAAAAUGGGCCAUUCUUAAUGUAAUGGGAAAAGACUUUCCUGUAAACGAAGUAUUUACACAAUUUCUUGCUGAUAAUCAUCACCGAGUUCGAAUGUUGGCUGCAGAGUCAAUCAAUAGAUUGUUCCAGGACACGAAGGGAGAUUCUUCCACAUUACUGAAAGCACUUCCUUUGAGGCUUCAGCAAACAGCUUUUGAAAAUGCAUACCUGAAAGCUCAGGAAGGAAUGAGAGAAAUGUCCCAUAGUGCUGAGAACCCUGAACCUUUGGAUGAAAUUUAUAAUAGAAAAUCUGUUUUACUGAUGUUGAUAGCUGUGGUUUUAUCCUGUAGCCCUAUCUGUGAAAAACAGGCUUUGUUUGCCCUAUGUAAAUCUGUGAAGGAGAAUGGAUUAGAACCUCACCUUGUGAAAAAGGUUUUAGAGAAAGUUUCUGAAACUUUUGGAUAUAGAUGUUUAGAAGACUUUAUGGCAUCUCAUUUAGAUUAUCUGGUUUUGGAAUGGCUAAAUCUUCAAGAUACUGAAUACAACUUAUCUUCUUUUCCUUUUAUUUUAUUAAACUAUACAAAUAUUGAGGAUUUCUAUAGAUCUUGUUAUAAGGUUUUGGUUCCACAUCUGGUGAUUAGAAGUCAUUUUGAUGAGGUGAAGUCCAUUGCUAAUCAGAUUCAACAGGACUGGAAAAGUCUUCUAACAGACUGCUUUCCAAAGAUUCUUGUAAAUAUUCUUCCUUACUUUGCCUAUGAGGGUACAGGAGACAGUGGGAUGGCACAGCAAAGAGAGACUGCUACCAAGGUCUAUGAUAUGCUUAAAAGUGAAAACUUACUGGGAAAACAGAUCGAUCAUUUAUUCAUUAGUAACUUACCAGAGAUUGUGGUGGAGUUAUUGAUGACGUUACAUGAGCCAGCAAAUUCUAGUGCCAGUCAGAGCACUGACCUCUGUGACUUUUCAGGGUAUGUACAUUUUAAACUUAGAGAACUAGCUGAUUCCUAUCAGAAAAUUCUUCUUGCCAUAUGUGAGCAAGCAGCUGAAACAAAUAAUGUUUAUAAGAAGCACAGAAUUCUUAAAAUAUACCACCUGUUCGUUAGUUUAUUACUGAAAGAUAUAAAAAGUGGCUUAGGAGGAGCUUGGGCGUUUGUUCUUCGAGAUGUUAUUUAUACUUUGAUUCACUAUAUCAACCAAAGGCCUUCUCGUAUCAUGGAUGUGUCAUUACGUAGCUUCUCCCUUUGUUGUGACUUAUUAAGUCAGGUUUGCCAGACAGCAGUGACUUACUGUAAGGAUGCUCUAGAAAACCAUCUUCAUGUUAUUGUUGGUACACUUAUACCCCUUGUGGAUGAGCAGGUGGAAGUUCAGAAACAGGUAUUGGACUUGUUGAAAUACUUAGUGAUAGAUAACAAGGAUAAUGAAAACCUCUAUCUCACGAUUAAGCUUUUAGAUCCUUUUCCUGACCAUGUUGUUUUUAAGGAUUUGCGUAUUGCUCAGCAAAAAAUCAAAUACAGUAGAGGACCCUUUUCACUCUUGGAGGAAAUUAACCAUUUUCUCUCAGUAAGUGUUUAUGAUGCACUUCCAUUGACAAGACUUGAAGGACUAAAGGAUCUUCGAAGACAACUGGAACUACAUAAAGAUCAGAUGAUGGACAUUAUGAGAGCAUCUCAGGAUAAUCCACAAGAUGGGAUUAUGGUGAAGCUAGUUGUCAAUUUGUUGCAGUUAUCCAAGAUGGCAAUAAACCACACUGGUGAAAAAGAAGUUCUAGAGGCUGUUGGAAGCUGCUUGGGAGAAGUGGGUCCUAUAGAUUUCUCUACCAUAGCUAUACAACAUAGUAAAGAUGCAUCUUAUACCAAGGCCCUUAAGUUAUUUGAAGGUAAAGAACUUCAGUGGACCUUCAUAAUGCUGACCUACCUGAAUAACACACUGGUAGAAGAUUGUGUCAAAGUUCGAUCAGCAGCUGUUACUUGUUUGAAAAACAUUUUAGCCACAAAGACUGGACAUAGUUUCUGGGAGAUUUAUAAGAUGACAACAGAUCCAAUGCUGGCCUAUCUACAGCCUUUUAGAACAUCGAGAAAAAAGUUUUUAGAAGUACCCAGAUUUGACAAAGAAAACCCUUUUGAAGGCCUGGAUGAUAUAAAUCUGUGGAUUCCUCUGAGUGAAAAUCAUGACAUUUGGAUAAAGACACUGACUUGUGCUUUUUUGGACAGUGGAGGCACAAAAUGUGAAAUUCUUCAAUUAUUAAAGCCAAUGUGUGAAGUGAAAACUGACUUUUGUCAGACUGUACUUCCAUACUUGAUUCAUGAUAUUUUGCUCCAAGAUACAAAUGAAUCAUGGAGAAAUCUGCUUUCUACACAUGUUCAGGGAUUUUUCACCAGCUGUCUUCGACACUUCUCACAAACGAGCCGAUCCACAACCCCUGCAAACUUGGAUUCAGAGUCAGAGCACUUUUUCCGAUGCUGUUUGGAUAAAAAAUCACAAAGAACAAUGCUUGGUGUUGUGGACUACAUGAGAAGACAAAAGAGACCUUCUUCAGGAACAAUUUUUGAUGAUGCUUUCUGGCUGGAUUUAAAUUAUCUAGAAGUUGCCAAGGUAGCUCAGUCUUGUGCUGCUCACUUUACAGCUUUACUCUAUGCAGAAAUCUAUGCAGAUAAGAAAAGCAUGGAUGAUCAAGAGAAAAGAAGUCUUGCAUUUGAAGAAGGAAGCCAAAGUACAACUAUUUCUAGCUUGAGUGAAAAAAGUAAAGAAGAAACUGGAAUAAGUUUACAGGAUCUUCUCUUAGAAAUCUACAGAAGUAUAGGAGAGCCAGAUAGUUUGUAUGGCUGUGGUGGAGGGAAGAUGUUACAACCCAUUACUAGACUACGAACAUAUGAACACGAAGCAAUGUGGGGCAAAGCCCUAGUAACAUAUGACCUUGAAACAGCAAUCUCCUCAUCAACCCGCCAGGCAGGAAUCAUUCAGGCCUUGCAGAAUUUGGGACUCUGCCAUAUUCUUUCUGUGUAUUUGAAAGGAUUAGAUUAUGAAAAUAAAGACUGGUGUCCUGAACUACAGGAACUUCAUUACCAAGCAGCAUGGAGGAAUAUGCAGUGGGACCAUUGCACUUAUGUCAGCAAAGAAAUAGAAGGAACCAGUUACCAUGAAUCAUUGUACAAUGCUCUACAAUCUCUAAGAGACAGAGAAUUCUCUACAUUUUAUGAAAGUCUCAAAUAUGCAAGAGUAAAAGAAGUGGAAGAGUUGUGUAAGCGCAGCCUUGAGUCUGUGUAUUCGCUCUACCCCACACUCAGCAGGUUGCAGGCCAUUGGAGAGCUGGAAAGCAUUGGGGAGCUUUUCUCAAAAUCAGUCACACAUAGACAACUCUCUGAAGUAUAUAUUAAGUGGCAGAAACACUCCCAGCUUCUCAAGGACAGUGAUUUUAGUUUUCAGGAGCCUAUCAUGGCUCUACGCACAGUCAUUUUGGAGAUCCUGAUGGAAAAGGAAAUAGACAACUCACAAAGAGAGUGUAUUAAGGAGAUUCUCACCAAACACCUUGUAGAACUCUCUAUACUGGCCAGAACUUUCAAGAACACUCAGCUCCCUGAAAGGGCAAUAUUUCAAAUUAAACAGUAUAAUUCAGUUAGCUGUGGAGUCUCUGAGUGGCAGCUGGAAGAAGCACAAGUAUUCUGGGCAAAAAAGGAGCAGAGUCUUGCCCUGAGUAUUCUCAAGCAAAUGAUCAAGAAGUUGGAUGCCAGCUGUGCAGCGAACAAUCCCAGCCUAAAACUUAUAUACACAGAAUGUCUAAGGGUUUGUGGCAACUGGUUAGCAGAAACUUGCUUAGAAAAUCCUGCGGUCAUCAUGCAGACCUAUCUAGAAAAGGCAGUAGAAGUUGCUGGCAAUUAUGAUGGAGAAAGUAAUGAUGAGCUAAGAAAUGGAAAAAUGAAGGCAUUUCUGUCAUUAGCCCGGUUUUCAGAUACUCAGUACCAAAGAAUUGAAAACUACAUGAAAUCAUCAGAAUUUGAAAACAAGCAAGCUCUCCUGAAAAGAGCCAAAGAGGAAGUAGGUCUCCUUAGGGAACAUAAAAUUCAGACCAACAGAUACACAGUAAAAGUUCAGCGAGAGCUGGAGUUGGAUGAACUUGCCCUGCGUGCAUUGAAAGAGGAUCGUAAACGCUUCUUAUGUAAAGCAGUUGAAAAUUACGUCAACUGCUUAUUAAGUGGAGAAGAACAUGAUAUGUGGGUAUUCCGACUUUGUUCCCUCUGGCUUGAAAAUUCUGGAGUUUCUGAAGUCAAUGGCAUGAUGAAGAGAGAUGGAAUGAAGAUUCCAUCAUAUAAAUUUUUGCCUCUUAUGUACCAACUGGCUGCUAGAAUGGGGACCAAGAUGAUGGGAGGCCUAGGAUUUCAUGAAGUCCUCAAUAAUCUAAUCUCUAGAAUUUCAAUGGAUCACCCCCAUCAUACUUUAUUUAUUAUACUGGCCUUAGCAAAUGCAAACAGAGAUGAAUUUCUGACUAAACCAGAGGUAGCAAGAAGAAGUAGAAUAACUAAAAAUGCGCCUAAACAAAGCUCUCAGCUUGAUGAGGAUCGAACAGAGGCUGCAAACAGAAUAAUAUGUACUAUCAGAAGUAGGAGACCUCAGAUGGUCAGAAGUGUUGAGGCACUUUGUGAUGCUUAUAUUAUAUUAGCAAACUUAGAUGCCACUCAGUGGAAGACUCAGAGAAAAGGCAUAAAUAUUCCAGCAGACCAGCCAAUUACUAAACUUAAGAAUUUAGAAGAUGUUGUUGUCCCUACUAUGGAAAUUAAGGUGGACCACACAGGAGAAUAUGGAAAUCUCGUGACUAUACAGUCAUUUAAAGCAGAAUUUCGCUUAGCAGGAGGUGUAAAUUUACCAAAAAUAAUAGAUUGUGUAGGUUCUGAUGGCAAGGAGAGGAGACAGCUUGUUAAGGGCCGUGAUGACCUGAGACAAGAUGCUGUCAUGCAACAGGUCUUCCAGAUGUGUAAUACAUUACUGCAGAGAAACACUGAAACUAGGAAGAGGAAAUUAACUAUCUGUACUUAUAAGGUGGUUCCCCUCUCUCAGCGAAGUGGUGUUCUUGAAUGGUGUACAGGAACUAUCCCUAUUGGUGAAUUUCUUGUUAACAAUGAAGAUGGUGCUCAUAAAAGAUACAGGCCAAAUGAUUUCAGUGCCUUUCAAUGCCAAAAGAAAAUGAUGGAGGUGCAAAAAAAGUCUUUUGAAGAUAAAUAUGAAGUCUUCAUGGAUGUUUGCCAAAAUUUUCAACCAGUUUUCCGUUACUUCUGCAUGGAAAAAUUCUUGGAUCCAGCUAUUUGGUUUGAGAAGCGAUUGGCUUAUACGCGCAGUGUAGCCACGUCUUCUAUUGUUGGUUACAUACUUGGACUUGGUGAUAGACAUGUACAGAAUAUCUUGAUAAAUGAGCAGUCAGCAGAACUUGUACAUAUAGAUUUGGGUGUUGCUUUUGAACAGGGCAAAAUCCUUCCUACUCCUGAGACAGUUCCUUUUAGACUCACCAGAGAUAUUGUGGAUGGCAUGGGCAUUACUGGUGUUGAAGGUGUCUUCAGAAGAUGCUGUGAGAAAACCAUGGAAGUGAUGAGAAACUCUCAGGAAACUCUGUUAACCAUUGUAGAGGUCCUUCUGUAUGAUCCACUCUUUGACUGGACCAUGAAUCCUUUGAAAGCUUUGUAUUUACAGCAGAGGCCAGAAGAUGAAACUGAGCUUCACCCUACUCUGAAUGCAGAUGACCAAGAAUGCAAACGAAAUCUCAGUGAUAUUGACCAGAGUUUCAACAAAGUAGCUGAACGUGUCUUAAUGAGACUACAAGAGAAACUGAAAGGAGUGGAAGAAGGCACUGUGCUCAGUGUUGGUGGACAAGUGAAUCUGCUCAUACAGCAGGCCAUGGACCCCAAAAAUCUCAGCCGACUUUUCCCCGGAUGGAAAGCUUGGGUGUGAUCUUCAGCAUAUGAAUUACCCUUGUAUUCAGCCUUUAGAAAUUAUAUUUUAGCCUUUAUUUUUAACCUGCCAACAUACUUUAAAUAGGGAUUCAUAUUUAACUAAGAGAACUAUUGUGGGUUUUUUUUGAAUGUUGGUUUUAAUACUUGAUUUAAUCACACCACUCAAAAAUGUUUUGAUGGUCUUAAGAAACAUCUCUGCUCUCACUCUUUAGAAAUAAUGGUUAUUCGGGCUGAAUACAGCAGCUCACGCCUGUAAUCCCGGCACUUCGGGAGGCUGAGGUGGGCGGAUCACAAGGUCGGGAGUUUGAGACCAGCCUGGCCAGUAUGGUGAAACCCCAUCUCUACUAAAAAUACAAAAAUUAGCCGGGCAUGGUGGUGGGCACCUAUAAUCCCAGCCACUCGAAAGGCAGAGGCAGGAGAAUCUCUUGAACCUGGGAGGUGGAGGUUGCUAUGAGCCAAAAUCAUGCCAUUGCACUGUAGCCUGGGUGACAAGAGCAAAACUCUGUCUCAAAAAAAAAAAAAAAAAAAUGGAUUUGGAUUUUUCCUAGUAAGAUCACUGUGUUACUAAAUAAUGAAGCUGUUAUGGAGAACAAAUUUCAAAAACACAGUGUAGUUACUAUUUUUUUAAGUGUGUAUUGAAACUUCUCAUUCUAUUCUCUUUAUCUUUUAAGCCCUUCUGUAUUGUCCAUAUAUGUUAUCUUUCUGUGACACCUUCAUAUAUUGCCUUCUAGUUCAUGAAUUCUCUUGUCAGCUGUAUAUAAUCUCUUUUACCCUAUCCCUUGGGCUUCUUCUUUCAGAAAUUGUUUUUCAUUUCUAAUUAUGCAUCAUUUUUUCAGAUCUCUGUUUCUUGAUGUCAUUUUUUAAUGUUUUCUUUUUAUGUCACUAAUUAUUUUAAAUGUCUGUACUUGAUAGUCACUCUAAUAGUUCUAUUAAAUUUAGUUCCUGCUGUUUAUAUAUGUUGAUUUUUGUAUUUGAUAGACUUUAUCCAUUUUUGUCUUUUUGAAGAUUGAGUUUAUUUUCAGCAAGGCUUUAUCUAUGGGAAUCGUGAGUCUCUGUUUAUGUCAUAUUCCCAGGACUGUUGCUGACACAUGCCCAUUCUUAUUUUAAAUUUCUUGGCUUUAGGGUUUCCAUAACUGAAGUGUAGCAUAACUUACUGAUAGGAGAUUUCUCAGGCCAAGGCAGACAUACUUCCUCAUCUCCCUGUGCUAGUGGGCAGAAUAUUUGAUUGAUGCCUUUUUCACUGAGAGUAUACGCUUCCAUGUGUCCCACCUUUAUGGUAGGGGUGGAAGGAGGUACAUUUAAUUCCCACUGCCUGCCUUUGACAAGUCCUGGGUUCUUUAGUCCCCAUAUAGAUGUCGAAGCUAAAAGCCAUGGGUUAAUGAACUGGCAAAUUGUUCUAAGACAGCUAUAGCAUCAGCUCACAUAUUUACCUCUCUGGUUUUUCAUUCCCUUCAUUUUUUUUUGAGACAGAGUCUUGCUCUGUUGCCCAGGCUGGAGUCUCAGCUCACUGCAACUUCCACCUCCUGGGUUCAAGCGAUUCUCCUGCCUCAGCCUCCUGAGUAGCUGGGACUAUAGACGUGUGCCAACAUGCCUGACUGAGUUUUGGAAUUUUUAGUAGAGAUGGAGUUUCACUGUGUUAGCCAGUAUGGUCUCGAUCACCUGACCUCGUGAUCCACCUGCCUCUGCCUCCCAAAGUGCUGGGAUUACAGGUGUGAGUCACCACACCCGGCCUCAUUCCCCUCAUUUGUGACCAUAACGAUUUCCCCUUACUUUCUUGUAAGUUCUGGUAUGUAUUUAAAAGAAUGUUUUCUACAUUUUAUCUAGCAUUUCUCUGUAUUCUGUUGGAAGGGAAGGGCUUAGGUAUCUAGUUUGAUACACAGCUAGAAGUGGAACAUUUCUCUGUCCCCCAACUGUCAUCAUAUCAGAUAAACAUCAGAUAAAAAGCCACCUGAAAGUAAAACUACUGACUCAUGUAUUAGUGAGUAUAAUCUCUUCUCCAUCCUUAGGAAAAUGUUCAUCCCAGCUGCAGAGAUUAACAAAUGGGUGGUUGAGCUUUCUCCUCGUAUUUGGACCUUGAAGGUUAUAUAAAUUUUUUUCUUAGGAAGAGUUGGCAUUUCUUUUUACUGCCAAUGGCAGGCACUCAUUCAUAUUUGAUCUCCUCACAUUCCCCUCCCCUAAAACCAAUCUCCAGAACUUUUUGGACUAUAAAUUUGUUGGUUUGAUUUCUGGAGAACUGUUCAGAAUAUUACUUUGCAUUUCAAAUUACAAACUUACCUUGGUGUAUCUUUUUCUUAUAAGCUGCCUAAAUGAAUAUUUGGUAUAUAUUGGUAGUUUUUACUACUAUAGUAAAUCAAGGAAACGCAGUAAACUUAGAAUGUCUUUAAGAAAGCCCUGAAGUCUUCAUGGGUGGAAUUAGAAAUUAUCAACUAGAUAAUAGUAUAGUUAAAUGAAUUUGUAGCUAAUUCUUGCUAGUUGAUGCAUCCAGAGAGCUUUGAAUAACAUCAUUAAUCCGCUCUUUAGCCUUGCGUGGUAUGCCAUAAGGCUCCUAUUCUGUUCAAGUAUUCUAAUCAAUGGCUUUGAAAAGUUUAUCAAAUUUACAUACAGAUCACAGACGUAGGAGAAAUAACUAAUUCACAGAUGACAGAAUUAAGAUUAUAAAAGAUUUUUUUUUGUAUUUUUAGUAGAGACGGGGUUGCCAUUGCAUUCCAGCCUGGGCAACAGAGCGAGACUCUGUCUCAAAAAAAAAGGUUUGGCAAGCUGGAACACUUUCUGCAAAUGACUUAGAAAACUGCCAAGGAAAAAUGAGGAGUAGUUAGAUUUUGAAAAUAUUAAUCAUAGAAUAUUUGUUGUAUGCUAAGUCACUGACACAUAUUAUAUGCAGCAUCUCUGAUCUUUGCCUUGCAAGAUUAGUGAUAUCCCAAUUUACUGCUGGAGAAAUCAAAAUUUGGAGAAAUAAGUUGUCCAAGGCAAGAAGAUAGUAAAUAAGUAUAAGUGUAAUAUGGACAAUAUCUAACAUGAAAAGAUUUCAGGUGAAAAAAAUCAGGGGUUUGCCAGUCAGUUGCUCAAAAGGUCAAUGAAAACCAAAUAGUGAAGCUAUUAGAGAAGCUAAUAAAUUAUAGACUGCUUGAACAGUUGUGUCCAGAUUAAGGGAGAUAAUAGCCCUCCCACCCUACUUUGUGCAGGUCAUACCUCCCCAAAGUGUCUACCUAAUCAGUAGGUUCACAAAAAACUCUUGGUCGUUAUAGUAUAUGCCUAAAAUGUAUGUAUGCACUUAGGAAUGUUAAAAAUUUAAAUAUGGUCCAAAGCAAAUAAAAGCAAAGAGGAAAAACUUUGGACAUCUUAAAGACUGGAAUAGUCUUUUAAAAAGUAGAAAGCCAGUAUAUUGGUUUGAAACACAGAGAUGUGUCCCAAUUUCAAGUAUUUUAAUUGCACCUUAAUGAAAUUAUCUAUUUUCUAUAGAUUUAUUUUAGUACUAUUGAUUGUAUUACUUUACUGUUACCUGAAUCUAUUAUAAAGUGUUUUUGAAUAAAUAAUUCUAAAAGCAUA